AGCUUCUUGCCCAGAAAUCAAUGAUUAAGUUCAUAUUGUGGAAAGCGAAUAUACUGUUCAUUGUUGCUUUUAGUGCUCGGAUUCUGCAACAUGUCAAUGGAUUCCAAAGGCAUAUAGAGCAAAUAAUAGGGGCUGCAUACUGCAGCCCUUAUGUCCUGAAGGCAACGAAAGAUGAGAUUCCUAAGAAAACACCACGAGAACAAGCUGAGGAAAUCGCAAAGUUUUUAGAAGAGGAUAGAGUGAGACGCAUAUCACAAUAUCUAGAUCCUAUGAAUGCUGCUAACAUUAAGGAAGUUGACCAACGUGAGAUUGAAUCCACCUUUGGUGAAGCUUAUACUCCGGAAAAUGCCAGAAGACGUCAACAAAGAAGUGAAAUGCUAAACCAAGGUGAACCGCCACAUGUACCACCAACAAAGGAACUACCUUAUUUUGUUAAUAUGCAAAAUCCAGAUAACCCAUUGGGCAACAUUAAUGCUUUGGAGGAUUCACCGCCUGACUUAACAAAAGAUGGGUCAGCAGAUAUAUCAAAUGUCGCCAUGGAUGUGUUAAUGCAAUCAGGAACAUCGUCGGGAAGUGACGCUAGAGACAAUGGAACCUCAUCGCAAGCAUCAAUAGAAACUGAAAUAACAAAUGAGCUGUGUAAUGUCAAUUCUAAUUCUUCUCGAUAUACUCAACCUAAUGCAAAUGAAGAAAGUGCAUAUGUCCAGCAUAUUAACGAACAAAAGGAAUUGAUCUCCAAUGGAGACCCUUUAGAGAUCGAUAAAGACCCCUUGGAUCUUCUUCUGGAGGGAUCUGAUGAGGACGAUGAAUCGGAUGAAGAUGAAUCAGAAAGUGAUUACGAUGACGUAGAUGAAAAUACAACACCUGCAUGGUAUCUCGACAAGCAGUGUGACAUAUUGACGCAAAAGGAAAUGGCAAAUGGAUGGUCUAUACUCCCAGGAGGACGUAUAUAUAAACAUAUGCUCAGGGAAUCGGAUACACCAAAAAAUGAAAGGAGAUACGCAGAUGACGAUACAUAUGUAUCGUUUGCUUUCAAAAUAUGUGAAGCUUUUACCAACGAAGUUAUAUUGGAGUCGGAAGACCUAGAAGGUGAUACCAUGAUAUCACCCUUGUGUGACCUAACGCCACAGCUCGCCACAAUGAUCAAGUCAAUGGCACAAGGGGAACAAGCCGAAUUCAUAUGCUUGGCAAAAGAUCUACGCUUGACAAAACCUGAGAAGUAUGGUCUGCAAAAGCUAGAGUGGAUAAGAAUGUGGCUUUAUAUAGAACAUAUGUAUCAAAAAGGAGAGAAGUGGUGGUUCCUUAGUCCAGUAGAAGCAAAGAGGUAUCCCGAGAUCAAGCCACCACCUGAUCGGAAAACACGAAUGCAAAUACUAGAUGAAAAGGCUGAACAAAUUAAACAAAAUAUGGAAUAUGAACUUGCAAAUAACCCAUGUUCGCCACUAUGGGAAGAUGUUGUCCAAAGACUAAGUGAACAGCAAAAGAAAUCAGUAGCCGAACACUUUGAUCAAAAAUACGAAUUGCAGCAGCGUCAAAAAUGCUCUGAAUACUCAGGAUCACGAGGAUUUGGUGAGGCUAUAAAGAACACAGGCACUCUGCAAGGAUACGAUGUUGGAAGACGUGCAGGCGGUGUGUCGAAACAUUAUACAUGGCAUGAGACACCUUUUAUUAUAUAUAUCGCAGUACCAGUGGUGCCAGGAAUUAGAGCUGAACAUGUGGAAUUUCAUCUGGAAACGCAGCACAUGGUGUUAAAAGUUGCUGGUAAAACUAUCAUUGACGACGACACCAAGGGGGCAGUAGAAACUGAUAUGGCUACCAAUUGGGCAAUGAGUGAAAAAGCCACGGAAUACGAACCACUGGAAAUAGGACACCCAGAUUUAGAAGAUCCUGUUCUACAAACAACGAUGGAUGAUGAUUAUCAUAAAAUGACAAAAGAUCCAGCUAUCCUAAUCGCAUUGAAAAAAAGAGAUAAAGCUAUGGGCGAUUGGGGAGUGCCAUUUGUGAAAACCUAAGUUUUCAUAGGAUGCAAACCAGCGUCGAGU